AAAACCUUAAACCCUCGCAACAAAGAAUCUCGCUGUUCCUAAAACCCUAAAAACCUCUUUCGUGUUUCAGCGCAGUUUCCAUGGCUCUCGCUUCUAUAGUCCGCAAAUCAGCCAACUCGUUGGUUCCAGUCGCUAUUCGACUCACCCGAGUCCAGAGGAACUAUCACUCUUGUGUUUUCACAGCCUUGAACCACAGCUUCCAGUCCCAGAAGCCCGGCGUAAACCGUUUUUGCCCAAAUAUACUUCAUUUCUCAACCGCUGUCGAUUCUAAGAAAACCUCCUGUGAUGAGUCUCUUCUCCGAGUUCUUGAGUCCGAGAUACAGUGCGCUGAGGAGAGUGAUGAGCAUGACCAGGUUGAAGGAACUCCUAGUGGAUUCCCUUUCAAAAUUGAAGACACUCCUGGACUUCAAACUGUAACAUUGACAAGAGAGUAUGAUGGUGAAGUCAUAAAGGUUGAAGUUCACAUGCCUGAUCUUGUGACUGGUGAUGAACAAGAGGAGGAUGAAGACAACGAUGAGGGUGACUAUGAAAAGCCUUCUAAAUCAAGUAUCCCAUUGGCUGUUACUGUCUCAAAGAAAGGUGGUCCUAGUUUGGAGUUCAAUUGUACUGCUUUCCCUGAUGAGGUUGCCAUAGACAGUUUGACUGUUAGAAAUCCUGACUCCGAAGAUGUACUUGCCUAUGAAGGCCCUGAUUUCCAUGAUUUGGAUGAGAACUUGCAAAAGGCUUUCCACAAGUAUUUGGAGAUCAGAGGAAUUAAGCCGAGCACUACCAAUUUCUUGCAUGAGUACAUGAUCAACAAGGAUGGUCGAGAGUACCUUAGGUGGUUGAAGAACCUGAAGAAGUUCAUUGAAGAAUGAAGGAGUUAUAGCUUCUCACAAUAGUUUAUGAAGAAGGGUAUGCCCUGGUGUAUUCUCCUCUGGGUAAAAAGCUAGCAUUGUUGCAAGUUAUUCUAUGAACUAAAUAACAUAAGCACAUUUUUGUUUAGGUGAAAAGUUUGUGAAAUUGUUGAAGUUUGUUGGAACAUGCUUGGAAUUAUGUUCAGCUCAUAUAUUGCUCUAUUUGAAGAGUAUUUUGUCUCACUCUUGUGUAAACUAUUCUACAACUCUUUAAGCCUUGCUGGAAUUGGAAACUAGUAUGCAAGAAUGCUAGUGUUGUUACUUCCUUA